UGCGUCAGGGCUCAUGGGAGUUUGAGCGCUUUGUUUGCAGUGAAGAUUUGCUGUGCUGGAAAUCCAUUUCCCUUGGUCUUUGAGAGAGCAGACUGAAGAAGUGCACUCAUCAAAGGUGUCUUCAUUGUGUUUGGAGUAGAAAAAAAAGUACAAACAGUCACAUAUAGUCUGGUUCAGUGCUUUCUGUUAAGGUACAUGUACAUGUCUGGGUCAAACUGAGUCAGGCAAAGUUACUUUGGAUGAAACCAAGGUUACCUUAAAGUGAACCGGAUCUCGGUAAGCCAUGAACCCUAGGUCUGAUGUCGGCUUGGUAUCUCCACUGGGAUACCGGUGUGUGAGGCACGAAACAGCUGCAGCCAGGACUCUCUUGAAUUCGCAGUGUGUGAAGUCAUGUCCAUGACAGUUAUAGCACCUUGUGGACGCCAUUUCAGACCGGAGCCGAAGUUUUAGAUCGUUUAAAAAGGACGGACAAAUGCUUUUAACAUUUUCCAAGAGAUGGUCCGAGACUUCAGCUUUCUUUUUCCAUUUUUCCUGCAAACACUGAAAGGUCACCAUUUGUGCUAUGCAAAUACCUUCCUUCCUAUCUCAGCUGUCUUGUCUGGUUGUGGAACGGUCAGUUCUUUUGACCGACUGCUGGUUUGUGUGCCUAUGAAAAUCUCACGAAUUUUCGCCGAUCUCAUAAAAUAUCUUGUAAAAUUUAGAUUUUUUUUUUUGUGUGUAGAUGAGCAAUGUGCUAGUAGCACUGUUUGAGCCAGCUCCUCCUUCAGCUCUGGGAAUCUGGAAAAGCACAGGCUGGAUUCAUACACUGAAUUGUUCACCGAUCGUCAGUGGAAGACAAAAAAAAGAUCUUGCGAAGGCAGCAAUGGAGGCAAGACGCAGAGGCAAGAGCAUGCAAGAGAGUGUUCUGGACAGCGUCGAUUUGGACAACUCUGGAACCAAAGGACACACCAGCAUCUUGAAAACAAGCCAGUGGAGGGACAGAAGUUGCUGGAACUCUUCAUGGAUGAGACUUAAUGACUUGAGUUGUUGGCAGACUGUAGGCAUGGUUACUGGUUUAACAUUAGCAGGAGUGAUUGGACUCUUCCAUGCUUGGUAUGUUUACUCCAUCCAUGAAAACCUGCUCUGGUUUUCACAGCUGGAGGAAGUGGAGCGUGAAAUCUCCUUUCGGACAGAAUGUGGCCUCUACUACUCCUACUACAAACAGAUGCUCAGCGCCUCGUCUAUACAGGAAGGUCUAUCUCAGCUCAUAAAUGACAACACCACCGAGUCUAUGAGGACUAUUAAUAUUCUACAGCGUAUGAACAUCUAUCAGGAGGUGUUGCUGAGUAUACUCUACAGGAUUCUGCCUAUUCAGACCUACCUUGAGCCAGUGUACUUCUACAUCUACACUGUGUUUGCUCUGCAAGCAGUGUAUGUAUUCGCUCUCUUCCUCACCAGUUGGAUGCUCAGUGAUUGCUGGCUGGCUGGGAUUCUUGCUGGAGUCUGGUACAUCCUCAACAGAGUAGACACAACACGUGUGGAGUUCACCAUCUCUCUGAGAGAGAACUGGUCUCUGCCGUUUUUUGCGCUACAGGUGGCUGCCAUCACAUGCUACCUGCGUCCUCAGCUCCGGCUGCAGCACCAGAGGGUGGUGCUGUGGCUGGUGUUUGUCUGCACGCUUUGUUUCUGUCUCACAUGGCAGUUUAAUCAGUUCAUCCUGCUGGUGCAGGCCUUCCUCAUCUUCACUCUCGACUCAUUGGACUUCCUCACAGCUGAGCAGACGACCUCUUUGUACUUGGUCCAAGUCAUGAGUCUGCUGUGUGUGUGGCUGCUGCAGUUCUGUAACUCCAUGGUGUUGGGUUCACUGGUGCUCAGCUUCAUCGUGGCUGUGCUCUUCAUCAAACACUUCCAGACAGGACUGAAGACUGGAGGCCUUGUCACGCGUGUAGGAAAGCUGGCUGUUCAUGCAGUCCUGGUGCUCGCGUUAACUCUCAUCAUCAAUUAUUCAACCAAGCGAGUCCUACAGCUGAGAUCGGAUGAGCACAUCUUCAAGUUCAUAAAGGCUAAGUUUGGCUUGGGGGCUACAAGAGAUUUUGAUGCCAGUCUGUAUCUGUGUGAGGAGGCGUUUGGCUUGUUGCCGUUGGACACGUUCGAUCGUUUAGCCUCUACUCUGCUGAUGUACCCUUACCUCUGUACGCUCUCGGUACUCGUCAUCGUGCUGGCACUUGCCGCUCUUGCCAGCCUGAGAGAGUCUGGAGCUGGACGACGGUCAGGAGUCCCGGAGGAGACAGCAUUCAGCAUGCGUCCAGACGUUGCCUACAACCUCCUCCACACGAUCUUCUUUGGCCUGCUGGCUUUCUCCACCAUGAGGAUGAAGUAUCUGUGGACCGGUCACAUGUGCGCCUUUACUGCCUUUGGCGUGUGCGGUAGGGAGAUGUGGACGCUGUGCCUCCGAGUGAUCCAUUGCAAUACUGAAGGAAAGCUAAAGUUGAUCAGGUACUCCGUUCCGGUAGUGCUGCUGGCAUUCCUUUAUUACAAGUUCUGGCCCAAACUGACAGAAGAACUUUCAGAGCUGCGAGAAUUUUAUGACCCAGACACCGUGGAGCUGAUGACAUGGAUUAGCUCCAAGACCCCCAAGCGUGCAGUGUUUGCAGGAAGUAUGCAGCUUCUGGCUGGAAUAAAGUUGUGCACCGGCCGAGUGCUGACCAACCACCCACACUACGAGGACCAAGCACUGCGGGAAAGGACCCAGCAGGUGUAUCAGAUCUACGCACGUCAGUCUGCUGAAGAGGUACACAAGCUCCUGCGGGCUGCAGGAGCAGACUACGUGGUGUUAGAAGACAGCAUCUGCUACGAGCGUCGUCACAGCCGUGGCUGCAGGCUGAGGGACCUGCUCGACCUGGCUAAUGGACAUAUCAUGGAUGGACCUGGAGAGAAUGACCCUGACCUGGUUCCAGCCUCUCAUCCCCGGUUUUGCCAAGCAGUAAAGACCGGUGAGCCACCCUAUUCCACCUUCUUCACCCGUGUUUUUCACAACAAGACUUUUAACGUCUACAAGCUAAAGAAAUCAAAGAAGAAAGGCAAAAGGAAUGGGGGUGAGUAGACGAAGGACAACGCCUCCUCCAAAUCAGCCACCCACCCCGCUGCUGCCUGUGAGGAAUGCUUAGUUAGCGAGUGAUCACAGUAGGGGUGUGUGUGUGUGUGUGUGUAUGUGUGUGGGACAGAUACCUGAUUAAUCCAGAGCAGGCAGAUGAUGUGGGGUGUGUACGAGACUCUCUAAAGCAACAGGAGCUCAUGUUUAAAGAACAGCACGAGAGACAGCGAGUGAACAUGAGAUGAAAAAACAUUUUUUUCCUUUCCCUUGCCGUCUGUUUUCUGCCUUUCCUUCUUCCUCUCACUCUCUCGCCAUGAUCUUAUGCAUUAAACAUGUUUACACAUAUGUUACUAGAACAUAGUUAUUGAAAAGAAGCAUGUUACACUUUUGUUUCCCCUUCGCAUUUCUUCCAUCUCUCACGUGCUGAAGGAGAGGUGUGGGGGAAAAAAAAAACAACUCCAUGUGAUACUCAGAGAAUCAUUCAAAACUAUUGAGAUAAUUGUUGUCUUAACACUGUAGCCAGAGUCAUAGCUCACUGUCAGAGCACGUUUCCAUGCACAUGUCCACGAGCGUACGUCUGCUGCUCUCCCGAUCUUCUAACAGUGACUAAUAAGAGGGAGACUUGGUCACGAGUGCAGCACAAGUGCCAUAAAUUCUCACUGUAAUGCCUAACGGCUCUAGCACUGUGAAUAUCAUUGCUUUUUUGUUCCGUUUAAUUAGCAGGAGUGUAAUUUAGUGCUUGGCACGUUGCCAUGAGCGACGACAAAAGAACAAUGAAUAUGAAUUUUUUUUUUUUUAAAUGUACAGUCUAUUGUGUAAGAUUUUAACUGGAUGCUGGUAGGUUUAGUAUGAAUAUACGACAUUCACUUGUGUGAUAAGGCAAAAAAAUAUAUAAUGUAUAUAUAUAUUCGAUCAGCCAUAACAUUAAAACCGUCUGUCUAAUAUUGUCCACAAGACCUCUGAAGGUGUCCUGUCAUAUCUGGCACCAACACAUAAGAUCGCAGUUAAUUGUCCCACAGUUCCUCGAUCGGGUUGAGAUCUUUUUUUUUCAUGUUUCUUGAACCAUUCCUAAACAAUUUGUGUAGUGUGGCAGGGAGCCUUAUCCUGCUGAAAGAGGCCACUGGCAUCAUGGGAUACUCUGCCAUGAAGGGGUGUAUUUGGAAUUUAUAUAUUCCCAUAAAGCUGCUUUACGGCAAUGUCCACAUUAAUGCCAGGAACCAAGGAUUUCCAGCCCUGCCUUCUUCUUAUAAUGAAUCCUGGAGAGAGCUCUUCAGAGGUAAGCAACGUAAAGCACCUGGCCGUCCACAUGAUGUAAAAAAAACUGAUUCAUCAGAUCAGGUCACCUUCUUCCAUUGCUCCAUGAUCUAGUAUUGAUGCUCACACGGCUGUUGUAAACCAUUGUGGGCAAACCAGAAUGACCAAUAAGCAGCAAGCUACCAUGCACUGUUGUUUCAGCACCACAGCCAGUAUUUACAUUAUAGACAGUAUUAACCCUAUGCUACGUUAGAUCUUUUGUGAGAUUGGAUCACACGAUCGAAGAGCCUGGGGCUCCCAGGACCCUGUCACUGGUUCACCACUUGGACAACUUUUGGUAGACGAAAAUAUAUACCGGGAACACCCCACAAAACCUGCUGUUAUGGAGAGGCACUGAAUCAGUCAUCUAUCACAAUUUGGCCCUUGUCACAGUUCAAUUUCUCAUUUUUCCAGUUUCCAACACAUCAAGUACGAGAACUGACCGUUCGCAUGCUGUCAUUCUUGCCACUGCAAGGAGAUAAAAUGAAUCCAGGCUAGUGAUGUUACUUGAUCUUUUUGUUUCAUUAAGCCUUGAAUUAGAUAUUUGCAAACAUUUUUUUCCCAGUCAGCCCAGUACAGCAACCAAACCCAAGCAUAAUUAAGCAUAAUUUGGUUUUAAUUUAUCUCUUGGCCGGUUUCAGGCCCAGGCUUCUGCUAAAGUAUAUCUGUUAUGGAUUGCAGCCUCAUGCCCUAAAUCUAUUCUUUGAUGUUCAACAGGAAUCCUCAAAAGGCUUUCAGUGGAAUACAUUCAUACAUCGGCCUGCUUGGCCAUUUCAUAAAGAUCCUCAAUUCAUGCUGAGCGAAAUCAGCAGGCUGAAAAUAAAGCUCUGUUUUCUGAUAGAGUUAAGCUAUGAGAUCCGGGUGUUUUAUUACAGUACUCGUGGCAUUGAUUACGAUGGAACAUUCCAAUUUAACGCUCUGAGGUGCUGAUUUACUAAAGGUGCGCAUGUGUCAAAAUGUGCUUGCUGAUUUUAUAACACCCUGUUCGGGCGAUUGUGUUCUUCAGAUUAGCAAAAUAACAUGUUGAUUUUAGGUUUGCCCUAAAAAUAUGAAGUUUGUGGCAAUUCUCAAAUCUCUCUCUAGAUUUUCUUUACACACUGUACUGCGCUAAUAUCAGUUGGGAAAAUAAAAAUGCCGUUCAGACUUAAAUAAUAUCUUAUACGUGUGACGAGAGGAAAGCUCAGCUCAUUUUUGUUAUUAUUCAUUUUUUGGCAAAUGUAAUUGAUUGUAUAAUUGUUCAUUUCCCUUCUGUAUUAAUGCACUGAGUCAUCCACCUUUUUUAGCUUAUUUGAUUAGGCUUAAAAAAAAAUAACAAGUCUGGGCAUUCCACUUUCCGAUGAUGGUUAAGGGACAUUAUAUUUGUUUCAGAUUGACGGGCAUUGUUUUUGAUGGUGCUAAAUUGCACUAGCCUGAUCCUGUGAUGUUUGUUUUGAGUGUAUGGGUAAUUGUACAAGGUCGUCAUUUAAACGGUUCUGUUUACCUUUUGUGUUUUCUAAUAAUAAAAAAAAAAAGAUUUGUUCGU